ACAUAGACAAGAACGUAGACGAUGCCGGAGUUUAUUCUGCAGAUCCCGCAGCACUCCGCGCCGUGAGGAAUUACACGGUCAAAGUCGCACAUUUUACACGGAGUACUCCUGGCGGCGUUCCGCGGUGCAACGUUUGAAACGACAGCAGUGCGCGCUGGUUCGUGGUCACGGUGACGCGCUCACGAGCUGCAGAUUCAUGAACGCGCGUCGUCCUUUUUUUUUUUUUUUUUUGUCGCAUGGAUGGGAUCGGCGAGAGGGUCGCGAAUGAAAGGCCGGUGUAAGGUUCCCCACCCCCGCCCUCCCACCUCUGUCCUCGAGCUCGACAAGCAGCAGCCUCUCAGAUGAGACAGACGGAGCUUCCAGCCUGCAAGAAGAGAGCUUGUCAAAGAGCGUGUGUCCUUAUGGAGAAGAUUUAAUCAGCGCGCCAAUGCUGCGUUUUGUCUGCACCGUCCCAGUGCAAACAAGUAGUCUAUAGCGUGUACUUUCUUUUCUUACUACCAGCAACAGUCCCCACGACGCAACACUCUCCGCUCGAUUGGACCCAAAUACAAGACCCAAAGGAAAUACUUCUCGUCUUUAUUUUCACCCAGAAGUUGUGCGUCUGUGCUUUCGGGAACCAAGUGCAACCAUGGGGGCCACAGGCUACGGCUAUUAUCGCGCAACCAUCUUCUUCUGCAUGUUCUUCGGCUACUCGCUGUAUUUCUUUAACAGGAAGACCUUCUCCUUCGUCAUGCCCUCAGUGAUGGAGGAGAUCGAACUGGACAAGGACGACUUGGGGCUGAUCACCAGCAGCCAGACCAUGGCCUACGCCAUCAGUAAGUUCAUCAGCGGCGUGCUGUCAGACCAGAUCAGCGCCCGCUGGCUCUUCUCGAUCGGCCUCUUUCUGGUGGGCGGCAUCAACGUGGCCUUCUCCUGGUCCUCCACCGUCCCCAUGUUCUCCCUGCUCUGGUUCGUCAACGGCCUGGGACAAGGCUGCGGCUGGCCCCCGUGUGGGAAAGUGCUGCGCAAGUGGUUUGAGCCCUCCCAGUUUGGAACAUGGUGGUCUGUGCUGUCCUGCAGUAUGAACCUGGCCGGUAGUCUGGGUCCGAUCCUGGCCACGGUGCUCCUGCAGUACUACGACUGGAGGACCAUCCUGACCAUGUCGGGGCUCUUCUGCGCCUCCUUCUCGAUUGUUUGUGUGGUGUUCAUAAAGAACGAGCCGAAGGACGUGGGCCUGCCCAGCAUUGAGGCAGCGGCCAAGAAGGGGUCUAAGGGAGGCAACGGUGAGAGCACCCUGAGUGAGUUCCUCCUCUCCCCUUUCCUGUGGGUGCUGUCUCUGGGCUACUUGGUGGUGUUCGGGGUGAAGACGGCUGCCACUGACUGGGGACAGCUGUUCCUCAUGCAGGAAAAAGGCCAGACUGUUCUCAUGGGGAGUACCUACAUGAGUGCCUUAGAGCUGGGCGGUUUCGUGGGCAGCCUUGCGGCAGGGUUCCUCUCUGAUCGAGCCGUAGCUCGGCGAGGCUUGGGCACCCACGGCAACCCUCGCCACAGCCUGCUCCUUGUCAUGAUGGCCGGUAUGUGUGUGUCCAUGUACCUCUUCAGGGUCACCAUCACAUCUGAGAUGCCGAAGGAGGCUCCUCUUUGGGUCCAAGCCCUUCAUCCUGUCUCCGUUCUCGUUGGUGUGUCAGAGAAAGAGAUCUGGAUCCUGUUCCUCGGUGCGAUGUUUGGAUUUUCUUCCUACGGCCCAAUCGCCUUGUUCGGGGUGAUAGCCAGUGAAAGUGCUCCUUCGAAUUUUUGUGGAACCUCUCAUGCCGUCGUCGCUCUGAUGGCGAAUGUUGGGGCUUUCAUGGCAGGCCUUCCCUUCAGCACCAUCGCCAAGAAACACAGCUGGGACAUGGCCUUCUGGGUUGCCGAGGUGAUAAUGGCCGUCGCCACCGUUGGCUUCUUCCUGGCACGCAACAUGCGCACCAAGAUGGGACGGAUCGCAGAGAAAACGGACUAAUGUAUCGUCCUGAAAUGAGCCGACCGACGACAUCCUGUCAUGUGACUUGACGGGCAGCGGUCCCGCACCGUUGAUGGCUCUUUAUACACAGAAUACUGCACAUUAAUAUAACAACGCCAAUUAGACCAAACAAAACCACGGAAUCUCGGAAAAAUCACUUUAGGUUCACAAUCGGCUGCUUUUGUCACACACAGACAGACAGACGGUUCCUUACGUAAAUCCUAGAUGCACCGAUGUCAGAUAUUGGUCUGAUACUAACUCAAAUAGCUGGAUAUCUAUCACUAUUGGACCAUCUGAUAACUGAUAUGAUUAUUAGAAUUCAUAAUGAUAUAAAAUAAUAAUUCAGUACAUUUAUAUAUUUAAUUGUAACAUUUUGUCUUGCAAGUCAAGUCAAGCCUGGUGUUACCUUGCACAUAAGAUCCCAGUCUCUUCCACACAGCUCCCUAAUUAAACACGGCUAAGGGAUCAGUUCUCUAUGGGCCGACCCCCAAAGCCCAGGUAUCAGUAUUGGUAUCGGGACUGAUUGGUGCAUCCCUAAUUUAACAACACAAAGAUGCUAGACGGUAACGACACAUCACAAGCUAACCUUUUAGAGGAGCAGUGUGUGGUUUUUAGUGGCACCUAGUGGUGAAGUUGCAGAUUGCAACCAACUGAACACUCCCCUGCUUACUCCUUCCUCCCUUUCCGAGCGUGUCGGAGAAUUACGAUGGCCUUUAGGUAAUGAGAAAAAACCCGUUCUGGGCUACUGUAGAAACGCAACAAGAUUUAAAGGGCUCAUUCUCAGCUAACAAACAAUUGUUUUCAGUUGGUUGCAUACUAAUAACACAAUUAUUAUGUCACAUUUCUGCCAAUACAUCCUGCACAUCGGUCCUUUUAUUGCUUUUACUUAAUACGAGAGGUAGCUUUCAUGUGGAGACAUUUAGCAUUUAAGACGGCUGUAUACUAAAAAAAACAUGGACGUGAAAGUGAGCGAAUGUUUGAGCUGAUUCCAAUGCGAUAAAGUGAACGUGUAAUGCUGCUCAUAUCUUUACUGUCUAUUCUAGACAUUUCUUUGUCUAACUGUGCCCAAGGUCGUAGCACGCCUCAUGGUCAAAACUGUAAAAGGCUCAUUAUUUCACCCAAAUUAAGUAAUAGGAGAGGAUUAUUUUUAUACACAAGAUCCAUAAUAACACUGUCGUGAAAGAUGGGCAGGUGUGUUAUUACUGCCACUUAUAACACUAGAUUGUAUACCGUUAACUUUCUCAACUCCAAAAAUAAUCUGUGACUUUUGACAACUCCAAUUAUUGGUGAUUUUACCCUGGACAUCUAAUAAAUGGGAAGUUUACUUUGUUUGAUUUUACUAGUGGUAGUUGAACGUAUCACACACCUUCCUGUGAGUCUGUCUCUGCUUUCUGGAAAGAAAACUUGUUUUGAAGCACACAAGCGCUCACCUUCGUUCCUCUUUCAUUUCUAAGGCGUGUGUGUUUGUCACAUGAUCAAAUAGAGCCUUGACAUUGGCCAAUAUCAGCAUGCUCUGCGAUCAUCGUUAUCAUCAUAAUCUGUAUAUGACAGAAAUACCGAAGAAUUUGUUUUAAUUUGUUUUAUUUAAAGCUUUUUAUGGUUUAUGUAGAAUAAGCAUAUUUUGGUAUAGAUUGCUUUAGACUAUUUUACC